GCCCAAGCCAUCGUCUAUAGGUGCUGCACUAAACUCAGAUCCGCCAUUCAUGAAGCCACCAUACAUUGGAAGUUCAGCGGCGACCUGGAGGAAAUGAUGACGGCUCUGGAGGAAAUACAGCCGGAUCUGGAUGAAGCUGAGAGGCGGUCGUUGUGGGAGGUGGCUGUGCGGGACUGGCUGAUGCUAGUUAGGAAGGCCGGCUACGACAUCUGGGACAUGGUCGACGAGCUGCAAGACACUUCCCCUGCUGCUCGAACGAUGACUUGGAUCCCCUGCCGCCUUUCGGUUGUACCCAAGAAAGAGAAUUCCAUGCCAAUCAAAAUGAAACAUCUGAAAGAACAACUGAAGACGCUGCAGGAGGAGGCUCUUCGUUUCGGUUUUACGCGAUUGGAUGCCAACGUCCAGCAAGCUAUUAAUGUAGUAGGAGAUAAAGCACCCGAGAUUGAUGAAGCAAAAGUGGUCGGUAGGGAUAGAGAUAAGGAGAGGAUGAUGUCGCUGCUACCAGGGACCGAGCGUGACUUCAGAGAAGGACCCAUCAUUCUUCCCAUCUAUGGGCCUCAAGGCAUAGGCAAGAGAACGUUGGCAGCAAUGAUUUUCAACGAUACCCGAUUCAGUGGCUAUUCACGGGUGUGGAUCCAUGUCUCGCAGGAAUUUGACUUGCGUCAAAUUGGCAACUCAAUAAUUUCUCAAUUAUCAGAACAGAUCAAUCAUGAUCCAAAUGACACGACGUAUAUAGCAGAGUACCUCCACGAGCUGCUCACUGCUGCAAAGGUACUCAUUGUUUUACAUGACCUCUGGGAGGAGGAUGCCAUAGGGCUGCAGAGCUUGAAGCAUAUGUUAAGUGUGGCCGACAAAGGCAGUCAGGUGAUUGUGAUAGUAACAGCAUGCAAGGUAGCCAUCGCAUUGGAAAUAUGUACCACUCGACCAUACAGGCUAGACCGGUUGAGUGAUGAUAUGUGCUGGAGAAUAUUGAAGCAAUCAAGUUACUUUGAAGAUAGAUCCGAGUCCAACAAACAAGUGUUGGAGAACAUAGGACGACAGAUCGCAAGCAUGUGCGGUGGCCUACCGUUAGCAGCUAAAGAAGUCGGCUGCAUGCUGCGGUUCCAAGAUGAUAGAAGAUGGACAGAGGUGAGCAUGCUGCUAAAUGAGCAUGCUGAAAGAUUGAACUGGAAUAGUGGGAGUUUCCAUAGCACGGAUUCUUGUCCUUCUCCUUCACCGCUGGAGCUUUUAGAUUCAACUUUGCCUGUGGGGAUUUCAGAUUCACCUUCAUCCGCAAAGUUCAGCUACAAUUGUACCUUUUUACCCUUGAAGUUCAGAUACAUAAGUAUGCCACCAAAUAUGAGAUUAUGCUUUGCUUAUUUGGCAAUGUUCUCGGAUGAUCCAUUUAUUGUUAAAUAUGACGUGAUUCACCAAUGGAUUGCUCUUGAUCUUAUUGAACCAUCAGACAGAUUCUCUAGCAAGCAACUUGGUGAGCAGUACUUUAGGACGCUUAUAGGCAUGUCAAUCCUUGGAGCCGCAGGGCUGGAUUCAGAUGGUGGAGAGAACGAUAAGGAUGGGUCCGUGUUUUACUGGCAAAUUCCAGCGAACAACUUUGCAUCAUAUAUUAUGGGUGACGAGUUCACCUUUCUGGAUGAUGGAAUUAGAAUGGAUGCAUCUCAUCAGAAGGAACAUUGUCGCUAUGCAAUGACCUCCCAUUUUGGUGACAGACUGCAGCUAAUAUUGCCUAUGCAGCUAAGGGCACUACGCUGUAGCAAUAGGGGUUUCAAUGAUGUUUCAUUUUCAUUUGCUAGCUGCUGCCUGCGUGUCUUGGAACUUAAGGAGGCCUACAUACAAAAGCUACCUGAUUCUAUCUAUCAGUUGAGGCAGUUGAGGUAUCUUAAUCUAUCAGGCUGCUAUCGACUAGUGACUCUACAAGAAACAUUUGGAGAUCUAAUAAAUUUGGUGCAUAUAGAUUUAUCAGGCUGCUCAGGACUAGUAAAACUGCCGCAAUCAUUGGGGAAGCUGAUAAAUUUGGUGCAUAUCGACAUUUCAAGCUGCUCAAGACUUGUAAAGCUGCCGCCAUCACUUGGGAGGCUAAUAAAUUUGGUUCAUAUCAACUUUUCAGACUGCUGUGGACUAGUUAACCUACCGGAAUCAUUUGGGGAUCUAAUAAAUUUGUCGCAUGUGGAUUUAUCAGGAUGCUCUCAACUCGAAAAUAUACUGGAACUGUUUGGAAAUCUAAAAAAGGUUGUGUAUCUGGAUUUAUCAUUCUGGUCUUGUUUAAAAGGAAUCCCAGUUCUCGGUGGCCUAACAAAUCUCCAGCAUUUGAACUUAUCACACCCUUGUUGUUACCUUGCUGAACACUCAUCCCAUCUUGAAGGACUGCCAGGUGUUUUGGGCAAGCUCACCGAACUCCAAUAUUUAAACUUAUCAAUGCUACUGAAUCCUAUCUUCUACUACAAGUCAGCAAACCAACGCUGUGAAUACAUUCAGUCAUGUCUUAAUGGCCUACAUAAUUUGAAGCAUCUGGAUUUGUCUCAUAACAUAUUUCUUUCUGAGAUACCUGAAAGUAUAGGUUAUCUGAAGAAGCUGCAUACACUGGACCUCUUGGGCUGUGCUAGACUAAAGAUAGCAGCGAAAUGGAUGGAUGAAAACAAAUGUAUGAAAUUGAUUGUUGGGAGGAGCUGCCCAGGUCCUGAAAGUUACCAGUUUGUGGUUACCUCUCGUGAUGGAGCAUAUGGAAGCAGCAACCUUGUUGAGCUGGGUGGUGUGGAUUGCGAGCACCUCGAGAUAAGUUGUCUUGAAAAGGUCAAGUCAAAAGUGGAAGCCCAGAGAAUCAGAUUGGCAGACAAGCAAAGGCUCCGACAGUUGAAACUUUGUUGGACUGUGGGCGCUCAAGGAUCUGUGAAGGACAGUGCUUUGUUAGGAGAACUAGUGCCACCACAUAAUCUGCAGUGCCUUGAGAUACAUGGUUAUAACAGCAAAACUUGCCACCCAGCCUGGAUGUUGAGCGUCUCUUCUGCUCUCACGAAUCUUGCAGAGGUUACCAUGGAGGAUUUUCCAAGGUGCAGCCGCCUACCACCACUAGGUCUGUUACCGAACCUGCAACGUCUGGUUCUCAGAAAAAUGACCAGCAUCACCAGAAUUGACGCCCAUGAUUUCUUUGAUGGUAACAGAUCACAAUCCUCUCAACUCUCCAAGGUUACCCUAGAUGGAAUGGAACACCUGGAAGAGUUUAUGUUCCCGGCCAUUGAUGAAUUGGUGAUUCACAAAUGCCCCAAGUUGAGCUUUGGACCAAUCCCGCCUAGAGCUCGAAAGUUGCUGAUAUCAGAUUGCGACCAAGUGAUGUCUUCAUUGGGGAACAAAGAAGGACAUGGUGUGGAGGGUCCUUCUACUCCAGUAACUGAAUUGGUAGUCGAGAGGUGCAUGGUGCCUCUAUGUGACUGGAGUUUGCUUCACAAUCUCCCUGGCCUCCGUAGCUUAACUAUCAAGAGUUGCUACAAUCUAACCAGUUCACUAGAGGGUAUGAAGGUCCUAUCCUCUAUCGAGAAACUGUGUUUCUCUCAUUGCGACGGCAUGCGAUUACUACCUGGGUACUUGGGUGAACUCAAGUCUCUCCAGCAGCUGAAGAUCGAGUCUUGCAAACAGCUAUACUAUUUGCCGAGCAUACAUAAACUCACCAACCUGAAGCUGAAGGAUGUGCAUAUUUCAGACUGCCCCAAAUUGGAGAAGUGGUGUGAAUUAGAGGAAAACAAUGAGAAGUUUGCUCACUUACUACGAAAAUCGGAGGUCCCUAGGCCAUUGCCGCAGAAUGACUGCUGGUUCAUCGAGACCCCAUUUAACGGGGAAUAUCCAUGGUCUUCAGGUUCUUCAGAGAAUGACUUCAAGCACGUAAGGUCUGAAGAUGAAGCUUCCACGUCAUGAAAAGGUAAAAGGUUUCUUACAUGCCCAUGUAGUCUGGUCUUACGGAAGAGGCUAUCGGGCUGAUCCUUCACUGUGGCUAGAGGCUUAACGGUCGUAGAAGGAAAUCUCAUGUUUAUCUGAGGAGUAGUUCCAGUUGACAGAUAUCUGUUACUCAACUUUUUGUUUAUCUACGUGUUCUGCCUUCGGUUGUUCUCCGUGAA